AUGUGCGAUACGUGUGUAUCAUGUUUGCACGGUGCCGCACUGUUUCACCACAAGCCAGCCAGUUGGAAGGACGCUGGACUUGGCCGGUUUCUUGAAACCAGCUUCAAUUCUUGUAUCACUUCAAAUUUUCCAAGUUUCCAUCAAAAGUUCAUUACAAUUCUAGCCAAUGUGACCGUGCUUUUGACUCACCAAAUAUCCUCUAUGGGACUUCUCGUCUGGCUUGAGAACAGGGUCCUAUUAUUGUGGCAAUAUACUCAAAUUCGCAGUUCAUUAAUGUUUGCUUCGAUGCAAUUCCUAUAAAUAAGUUCUCCCAUGAUUUCUUUUUUAAAUAAAUACAAAAUGAGAAAAGGUAGGUUAGUGAAAUAUUAUAGAAUAACUAGAAGAUCUUUUUGACAAUGAAGCGAAAUUCAAAAGUGCUUCAAAGAAAUUUUUUCACACGAUAAGAGCUAGACUAUUUGAAUUCUAGAGAUAUUAAAAUCUUUUUUUUCGGUACGUUUUGGUAUUAAUUAUGUAAGACUUUUCUAAGUUUUAUUUUUGCGAGUGGUUCUGAUAAUUAGAAAUGACCUUUUUGAUGAAAAUUUCCAACUUCAAAAAGUCAACAAAAGACGGAUCCAGUGGCGGUUCGUAACCCGCGCCACGAGGUAGCCGCUUGUUGGCUUGUUCAUAUUUGAUCAAACGUUUGACCUACCUGCUGUAAGCCUCCUCUGCUUAUUUCAGCGGCUCUUUCGCGCUUCCCACACUCCACUCGGCUCCCAACUUCCGUUGUCCACUUUUGGCCAACUCGCAUUACGUCAUGCGUCUCCAAGCUUUUCCUCCCUCGCCGGGGUUCUUUUUGCCCACGCCCUCAUUAUUCUAG